GCUCAGCCAAUCAGAUUGCAGCAUUUGCAUUAGUAUACUAGAAGAAUUCUACUAAAUUGGAAUAGCCGACAAUUUCCGAAACCUGCUCGACUCGGAAACUCGCUCCUAGUACUCCUUGGUUGUCCUUCUGAGCGGUAGGAUUUAGGCACAACCGUACGACUCCCCCAAACACGACUAGCGUGAGUGACAUGUUUGCGCUCGCACCAAGCCCCUCGUGGCUUACCUUGCUCUUUGGAAGACAUUGAUAACACGUCGACCGGAACCAUGUUUGUGAGCCCGCGAGAAUGAGCACCCCACAGUCCACCCCACACCAAACCCAUGUUUCCUUUGAAACAGCUGGUCACUAAAUGUGGUUUAGGGACAUUCGUUUAUGGUUUAGGUCCCAGUGCCUUCCUUGCUAAACAAAAUUGCAUCGUCAAAAAUGGAAACAAGAGGUAUGUUGCUCUCUCCACCACAGCCACUCUCCCAUUCCCCUACCCCCUACCCCUACCCCUCCCCCCACCCUCUCUACCACGCCGUUAAACAUAUUAGGUACCAAGCUUCUAAGCUCCAGGCCAGAACGCGGAAACACUCUUUCAUUUUGGUUUGUACACUGACAAAUCCAUACAUCCAUCUCUCAAUCGAAUAUCGGCGUCAAAAUGACCAUGAAAGAUUCGGAGGGCGCGAGGGAGAUGGAAGAAUUAACGGACACCAUGAUCAUGUCUCUAAUGGAAGAAAUGAAAGCUCUCACUUAUGCAAACAAAGAGGUAGACAAUAAAUCUAGUUCCGAUGCGACCGGAGAACCGUCGUCCUUGGACGAGAUGAAAAACGUUUUGACGUUGUACGAAGGAAUCAUCGAGCAGCUUUGGAAGAUCGCCGAGAACAUCGCCAAAACGUCAGCUGUGGAAGAACAGCAUGCCGGAACGGUUUUCAUGGGAAGUUCUGGUGACGGGACCUAUAUCCCUGAGCUGUCCAGUAAAUUUGACACGUAUGUAAUGGAAGAAGAUUCACAGUACGAGUUGCAGAAAGAUUUAGAGGCCAUGGAUACUGACUUCACAGAGAAGAACCCCGAGGAUCGCUCUCAUAUGCUAAAGGUUUUACCCACUAAGAAGACUGGAUGCUUCCUCUUAACUUGGUCUGAUUAUGGUCUAGAAUUGAAGCGUCGCUAUGAAGAAAAUCUGGCCCGUCAGCAGAGUCAACGCGGUGCGAGUGCAGCUCCUGAAGGUCCUGUCCCGAUUUUCAGCAGAUUGGUCGAAUUCACCGAAGAGAUCGAACAUGAGGGCGAAAAGAUCCAAGUGAUUUCUCCCCACAAGAUUCGUGUGCAACAGUUGAAGAAUCCACCCAGCAGCACCCAAGGUUGGCCUGUGUGGUUCAGGAUGCAAGACCAAAACUCCCCAGCGGUAACCCUAAUGACUGAGGAAGAGAAAGACCUGGGGAAGACGAAGAUACAAGUGACUGAUCUGGUACUUGCUGUGCGUACAACUAUGCCUUGUCUCAAAGAAGACUGGGUGAAAGAGAAACAGAACACUACAAAAUGGCUGACACAAGAUCAGCUCAAGAGGCUUAAAGACAUGAGGUGUUCUGUAGUAGCCAAGUCAUGGGAAUCUAAAGAAACAAACCUGACAGUCUGGAGGAUCUCUUAUUCAGGGUUGGAGAGAGAGUGCGUCAACGCCAUUCCUCCAGAACCCAAGAUAUGCUUGAUCAUCAUCAAAGCCAUUCGACGAAAAUUCUUAAGCAAGCCAAAGGGUCUCAUCAGCUACCAUGUGAAAACCGUUCUCUUCUACACUUUGGAUAAGACCGGUAGCGAUUGGAAGAAGUCGGAGCGAGAAAACAACAUCCUGGGAUUGUUGCAGUCUCUAGCGGAAGCGCUCAAGUCGCGAUCACUACCGGUUUAUUUCGAGCCCAGGCUUAACACUCUUGAGAGCAUGGACGCAGAAACCGCAGCCGAGCUGGAGAAGAAGGUGAGAGAAAUCAUUCGUUCGCCACGUAUUCUCCUCCAAGGGUGCCUGUUUCAGUCUCUGGAUGAAGAUCACAAGAAAGAGCACUUCGAAAAGGGCAAAGAAAUUAAUCCGGUGUGGUUUGACGAGAAACCACCAGAGCCAAGCAUGUUUGGCGAAAUAAACCCUCAAGACUGAUGGCUGUAACCACGACACUGAUUCACUUCUCUACUUCAUGCACCUAUUAAUACUAGAAGUAAUCAUAGAUUAUGAGUGCGUUCGCGUUAAGGUAUUUAGGCAAGGUUGACAUUGUGGGGCACCCCAAAGGUGUAGAGGUACAUGCGAAGCUAAUGAAUUAGGGUAGGCCAUAGGAACAAAGAUGUUGUCUGGUACAUUUACAUAUGUUUACUUUAGAAAAGGGAACUGUUAGGUUAGCUUCAGUUGGCUUUGGCUCGUCGUUUCAUGACGGACCACGCGUAGUUUGUUGUAUGGUAAUUUUGUUAGGGUAUAUGAUAAAUUGUUGUACAUACCUAAAAGAUUGUGAUAAUGACAGAAUUGGUUAUUAACGGCAAUUGUUGAGGCGCAGUUAAGACAAUUAUCACAGUCUAAAAGUGAACUUAGCGAGUAUUUUCAAUUUUGAAUUUGAACUUGAACUGAACAACUUAAACAAAAUAAAGAACAGCUAGAGGAGUUAACAGACUUAUCACAGAGGGUGAAUUUAUACCUUAAGUAUGGAAAUGCUAUGUGGAUGAUAGCUUUUGUAUCAUUAAAAGGAAUGCUGUCAACUCCUUUCAUACUACACUUAAUUCCAUCGAUGCACACAUCUCAUUCACUAUUGAGAAGGAAUCUGACCAACAGAUCGCUUUCUUAGAUACUUUGGUUUCCCACAAGGAUAACACAAUUACUUCACGAUCUUCUCACCAUGACAAACGCCACAAGAUUAGCACAGCUGAGACCCUAUUACACCGCGCAAUUAAACUCCCUAGUACAUGGCAAGGGAAAAAUACUGAAAUCAACCAUGUCACUGAUGCUCUACGAGCCAAUAACUAUCCCUCCUAUGUUACCUCCAACACCUUAAAGGGGAAAUUUUCCAAACCACCGACGCACGCCAUCCCCACACCUGAAGAAUUGGUUUGCAUGUUUUUUAAAUGGGCUGCGCCUCAAGAGAAUCCUAACAGUUCUGUUCUCCUUCCCUUCAUCAAUGGUGUCACGCAACCACUAGCUAACAAGAAUUCUUCGUAGGUACGACAUGCAAGUUGCAAAUAAGCCAUUAAGGGCCCAUUAACCGAUUUAUGCGCGCGCUCCCGCGCGUUGCUAAGGAGGUGAAAUUUCACUUCCGGUUACUUACGUCAGCCUGAGCGCAGAAAAUAAAAAUAAAUCAAUAACUUUCAAAUUCGCUCACAUCUUAGAUGUUUUUCUUUGUGUUUCACAAAAUGCAAAGUAAAAAAGUACAAGCGAAGACAAAA